AUGGAGACAUUCCUGUUCACUUCAGAGUCUGUGAAUGAGGGGCACCCGGACAAGCUGUGCGACCAGAUCUCGGACGCAGUCCUGGACGCCUGCCUGGAGCAGGACCCGGACAGCAAGGUGGCAUGCGAAACAUGCACCAAGACAAACAUGGUGAUGGUCUUUGGGGAGAUCACAACCAAGGCCCAAGUGGACUACGAGUCCAUCGUGCGCUCCACAUGUCGCCAGAUUGGCUUCACGUCCGAUGAUGUGGGCCUCGAUGCCGACAAGUGCAAGGUACUUGUCUACAUCGAGCAGCAGAGCCCCGACAUUGCACAGGGUGUCCACGGCCAUCUCACCAAGCGUCCUGAGGAGAUUGGUGCCGGUGACCAAGGCCACAUGUUUGGCUAUGCCACGGAUGAGACCCCUGAGCUUAUGCCCCUCAGCCACGUGCUUGCCACCAAGCUUGGGGCCCGCCUGACUGAGGUCCGCAAGAAUGGCACCUGCCCUUGGCUUAGGCCCGAUGGCAAGACCCAGGUCACGGUUGAGUACCUGAACGAGGGUGGGGCCAUGCUCCCCGUCCGUGUCCACACCGUUCUGAUCUCGACCCAGCACGACGAGACGGUUACCAAUGACGAGAUCGCACGGGACCUCAAGGAACAUGUCAUCAAGCCCGUUAUCCCCGACAAGUACCUCGACGAGAAGACCAUUUUCCACCUCAACCCGUCAGGCCGGUUCGUGAUUGGUGGGCCCCACGGUGACGCAGGCCUCACGGGCCGCAAGAUCAUCAUCGACACGUACGGCGGGUGGGGGGCCCACGGCGGGGGCGCAUUCUCGGGCAAGGACCCGACCAAGAGCGUCGUGGCGGCCGGGCUCGCGCGCCGCUGCAUCGUGCAGGUGUCGUACGCCAUUGGGGUGCCAGAGCCGCUGUCUGUGUUUGUGGACACGUACGGGACCGGGAAGAUACCAGACAAGGAGAUUCUCGAGAUUGUGAAGGAGAAUUUCGACUUCCGUCCCGGGAUGAUCUCGAUCAACCUUGACCUCAAGAGGGGCGGCAAUGGGAGGUUCCUCAAGACAGCAGCGUACGGCCACUUUGGGAGGGAAGACCCGGAUUUCACUUGGGAGGUCGUGAAGCCGCUGAAAUGGGAGAAGCCCCAGAACUAG